CACAACAAGAAUACCAGAAGGCUCUCGAGGAUGCCGACAAGGCCACAGAACUGAAGGCCGAUUGGUCCAAGGGCUGGAUCCGCAAGGGUGCCGCCUAUCGUGGCCUGGGUGAUCUCCGUAUGUUGAACCCUUGAAUGUGUUGCUUCGCGAACGCAGCUGAUGGAAUGACUCCAGUUGCUGCCCACGAUGCCUACGAAGAGGCUCUGAAGUUGGAGCCCGCCAACGACCAGGCCAAGAAUGGUCUUAACGCUGUCAAGCGGGCCAUCGACGCCGAAGCCAAGGCUGACGGUGUGACCGGUGACCCGAUGGGAGGGCUGGGUGGCAUGUUCAAUGACCCCCAGCUUUUCCAGAAACUGGCCAACAACCCCAAGACUGCUCCUCUGCUGGCCGAUGGCGAGUUCAUGACAAAGCUCCAGCGCUUGCAGCAGAACCCCAAUGCUAUUGGUCAAGAGCUUGGCGACCCCCGUUUCCUGCAGGUCAUGAGUGUGCUGCUGGGUAUUGACAUGAACUUUGGAGCUCCCCCGGAGGCCGGUGCUUCCACCAGCGCUGCUGCGCAGGAGGCCGAGGAGGAUGUGCCUAUGCCUGAUGCUCGUCCCGCUGCCCCCAAGAAGGAGCCCGAGCCUGCCCCUGAGCCCGAGCCCGAGGAUGAAGAGGCUCUUGAGAAGAAGAAGGCCCAGGAAGCCGCCGAUGCCGAGAAGAAGCUUGGUAACGAUUUCUACAAGAAGAGACAGUUCGACGAGGCUAUCGAGCACUACAACAAGGCCUGGGAGUUGCACAAGGACAUCACCUACCUGAACAACCUUGGUGCCGCCAAGUUCGAAAAGGGCGAUCUUCAGGGUGCCAUUGAGACCUGCCAGACUGCUGUCGAGGAAGGUCGUGAGCUCAGAGCCGACUUCAAAGCUAUUGCUAAGGCUUUUGCCCGUAUCGGUACCGCAUACGAGAAGCUCGGCGAUCUCGGCCAGGCUAUCGAGUUCUACCACAAGGCUCUCACUGAGCACCGUACCCCCGAUGUUCUUACGAAGCUGCGCAAUGCCGAGAAGGCCAAGGUGACGGCUGAGAAGGAGGCCUACAUCGACCCUGCCGAGGCCGAGAAGGCUCGCGAGUUGGGCCAGUCGAAGUUCCAGGACGGUGACUGGCCUGGCGCCGUGGAUGCCUUUACCGAAAUGACUAAGCGCGCUCCCGAGGACCCCCGCGGAUUUUCCAACCGCGCCGCGGCUCUCAUUAAGCUGAUGGCUUUCCCCCAGGCCGUGCAGGACUGCGACGAAGCCAUCAAGCGGGAUCCUAAGUUCAUCCGGGCCUACAUGCGCAAGGCGCAGGCUUUGAUUGCUAUGAAGGAGUACAACAAGGCUCUGGAUGUCUGCACGGAAGCCUCGGAGCACGAUGAUGGUACUCACGCCCGGGAGAUUGACCAGCAGCAGCAGAAGUGUCUGGAGGCUCAAUUCAGCGCCCGUGCUGGUGAGACCGAGCAACAAACCAUGGAGAGAAUUCAGAACGACCCUGAGAUCAUGGCUAUCCUGCAGGAUCCUAUCAUGCAGACCAUUCUCCAGCAGGCCAAGAGCGAUCCCGCCGCCCUUCAGGAGCACAUGAAGAACUCUCAGGUGCGGAUGAAGAUCCAGAAGCUGAUGGCUGCCGGCGUCAUCCGUAUGGGUCGGUGAGAGCGCGAGUCGUGAGAUGAGGCAGUAGUGGUGAUAGGGAGAUGAUCUGGGAAAUUUGCGCUUUCGAUUAUGAUUCAAUCUGUUCUUUAAAAGCGUUUUCGAUGGCGCCUUUUAAUUUCAUUUUUAACGGCAGUGAUGAUGCAUUUGACUAUCAGGUCUAUGAAAUGACAUGUUUGAAAUACUACAUAUUUUCAAUGUUGGCUUACCUCCAGUGGAUCAGAUUUAUCGUAUACAAUAAUCA